AUGUCUGAAGUAGAAACUAUCACCGACCCUGAUCAUCUGCAUGAGAUCCAUAUUACCGCUGGGCUGUCUAGCCUCAGCACUGGGGGCUCGGGGGCUCCACCAGAACCAGCACCGCAGACGCAGAAGGUGAAGUUGGUUUUACUACAGCCUCUAGCCAACCCCGAUACGCUUGCAGCCUGCCGUAAUCCAGAUUCUCGCGUCACUCGCAUAUCCACAAGUCUCUCUGGUGGCAGUUCUACUCGCGAGUUUCUGGAUAUCCGGCCCCUCAGUAAGGCGUGGAGAAAGGCAACAAUGAAAGUCCCACCAUUAUCUCACUUGAUAUUUGAUCUUACUCUACCAAAGGCGAAUAAGGGACGCAAUGACUCCUUCCAGAAAGUGUACUGGGACGUUGACAUGCCCCAAGGCGACACGCUCAGUGUUCAGGCACGGGAUGUUGUGAAUAUGGUCGUCACUAUCGCCACCGAGACGAGGAUACGAGCCAAGGGUAACGUGUGUUUUGACGUUGUCUAUGAUGAGGCCGAAGGGGUAGCGCCCAGGACAUUCACCCUUCUAGACAAGCAGCUUGUUGCACUUCAGCGGUUUCCUGGAAAGAAAGAUGGGGAAAGGGCGAAUGGUAUCUGA